UUCCAUGACGUUACUGACGUACAAAAACGCCAAUAUAUUUACAUUCUAAGAUACCGUACGAAAAAAAGCGCGGGAAGUGUUGAAUUAAGCGGGCGUCUUUUUUUUGGCUAAACUUUUGAAAAUUAAAUUAAUUUAAUAUUACAGGAUCAGUUAAGUUGUAAAGUGUAUAUAUAUUAGUAGUAUUGAUUAUUUAUAGUUUUAGUUUGUUUUCUUCGCCUGGUAAGUCAUCUUAUUGUAUUAUAUGUAAAUAGUAUUUUUUUCUUGGCCUCCAUGUUGGAGCCCGAAGACCCUGGAGGGACAUCCCUCCAGGUGUCUCAUGUAGUUACAAUAGAUGCUUCGGGAAUGGAAACGGAAGGUUCCAUUAUAGAUACAGACUGUUCGGAAAACAUUAAAUCCGUUAAAAGAAAGAGAAUAUCAACUAGAAACCAAAAAAAGAGAAGGAAUCACAAACAUACAGAUCUACCAGAUUGCCAACUUUCCCCUAAUGAUAUAAAGGAUAAUGUUAUACCUAAAGUACUUGAGUCAGAUGAUAAAAUCACUGAAAUCCAUCAUAAUGAGGUUGCUAACUCUAAAAACAUUACGAGUAACCCUCGCACUGCUAGGCUGCUUUACCAGGCGUCAGACCCUGCGCCUUAUGAUGUACAUAUUCAAAAAAUUUUACAACCUAAUCAAACUGGAUCUAUACAUCCAGUACAAUUUGGAUUCUUUCUAAAAAAAAAUUCAAUAAAAAGCAUUGUAGAGGGAAGCAUAAAAAAAAUUGGAAGGAAUAGGUUGUCAUUUCAAUUUAAAACAUUUCAGGAGGCUAACUCAUUUCUAAAUCACAAAUCUCUUGAUGAUAAUAAAUAUAAAGCUUUUAUUCCGGCCUUCACUAUCACCCGCAUGGGAAUAGUGAGAGGUGUUCCAUGUGACUGGGACGAGAAAGAUGUUAUAGAAAAUAUAGAGCUUCCGCAGAACUGUGGAAGCAUUCUGAAAGUUAGGAGACUAAACAGAAAGGUUUAUGACGGCGAGACACCCAAGUUUGUUCCAACGGAGACCGUAGUUUUGACCUUUGAUGGGAAGGUGUUACCUCCCAGGGUCUUUAUGUGUUUUAACUCCCUACCUGUAGAGCUUUAUAUUUACCCCACGCUGCAAUGCUUUAAUUGCUGCCGUUUUGGUCACACCAAAAUGCAAUGCAGAGGCACUCCAAGGUGUUACAAAUGUGGUGACAAUCAUUCAGGUAUAAGUUGCGAGACGGAAAGAGAUGAUGCUGUGUGUAUUUUAUGUUCUGGUUCCCAUUUCGCAACAGACAAAAAAUGCCCGGAGUAUGCUAGGCAGAAAGCUAUAAAAGAAACAAUGGCUAGAAACUCUAUAUCCUAUUCAGAAGCAAGUAAAGUCUAUCCACCAGUUUCAAAAUCUUAUGCUGACAUUGUUGCUUCUGCUUCAUCAGCCCCUUCGGGUCCAACUAUGACUUAUUCAAGCCCCUAUAAUUUAACAAGCCCUUUUAAGAGUCCGACUCAAUCAUAUAAGAAAACAGUAUUCUUGAAACCCAAAGCUCGUCCCAGAAAUUCUAGUAAGGGAUAUGAUCAAAAAGCGCAUGCAGAGCUUAUCCAAGAUUACAGCAACAUUCCUUCCUUUUCUACAGGUUGUCUCAAAAAUUACAAUGAUUUGUCAGAAAUAAUAACAAAGGAUCUCAUCAUUUCUAUAAUUCAGUACCUUUCACAAUCGAACAUAAUUAAAAUACCGUCCAACGAUGCCGUUUCUUCAAAAACUUUUUUAACUAAUGGACAGUCAGGACCAUCCACGAAACCAGUCUCUGGUGAUUCAAUGGAAUUGCCGGAGUAUUAAUAGUAAAAAAAGUGACUUAAUUUUUUUAUUGAAUAGUUACAAACCAUUUGCAGUCUCUCUUCAAGAGACUUGGCUUCGUCCUGGAUUCAAUUUUAGAAUUCCAGGACAUGUCUGUCUUAGAGAAGACAGAACAGAUGGGUAUGGUGGAGUGGCACUAAUUCUUAGGGGAGGUGUGCCCUUUGUCCACUUACCCAUCCCUAAUCGUAACCUCGAAGAGUAAAUGUUUUUUUCAAUUGAUUGGUGUAUUACUUUAUUUAUACUAAUAUAUAAAUCUACAGUGGUUUUUGCGGAUGUUCCGUUAUAAUUACUGAACCGUGCAUCCGAUUGACUUGAAUCUUGGUAUCCAUGUAGAAAAUACAUGUACUUAAUGGAUAGGCUAGUAUUUAUAUGAGUGUUGGACUCCCUACACCAGUUUCGGGGGCGUUAAUGAUGAGAAUCUUUGUGAAGGCCGAUCCUAACUUUCACGGCGCUCAGAAAGAAUCUGCCUGGAAAAUGUCUGCCGAUAAACCUGAACUAAGAGCACUUCUCUUGGAAGCUAUCGCCUUCGAAGACGGCUUCGAGAAUAAUAGUGUGAAAUCUGAACCCGAUGACGAAAUCAAGUCUGAACCUGAUGACGAGAUCAAGUCUGAACCCGAGGACGAUUACGAUUCAGCUGAUGAAGGCGAGGAGACAAGUGGCAGCACGGCACUAGACGGCAUGGGCCAGUACUUGGGCGAGGUGAGCUCGCUACUGGACCGGUCGGGCAGCUGGCAGGAGCUAGCGGGCAGGCUGCGGCUCGACUCGCUGCUCUCCCUGUACUGCGCGCAGCCCAGCCCCACGCACACGCUGCUGCUGCAUCUCAAGGAAUACAAUGAAAUAUCAUCGAAAUCGUUAGCAUUCAUCCUAGAAGAUAUGGGAGAGUUGGAAGCGGCUGAAGUUAUAAGAAGAUACGUUGAAUAAAUUCUAUCGAAUUUAUUUUGAUCGCAAAUUUAUUAACACUUUGACCUGUUAAUGCACUUACGUGAGCCCGUGACUUGAAACUGUUUUUCUUAAAACCGAGAACCCAAUUGUUGUAUUCACUUAUAAACAUUUGGAUUAUUAGUGAUUGUUAAAUAUUUAAAUAUAUAUUUUUUAUUAUAGAUGUAGAUACAAUGAUAAUCACAAUUUACAUAUUAAUUUAAAGUUUAUAGCAUUAAUGUAUAUAAUAAGUCUGCAACAAAAUUGUAUUUAGCAAAGAAUUAGGUACAUACAUUUUUUUUAUUUAAAUUAAUCGUAUCCUAUGAGAGUAUUUGAAUUGUCUUAUUAUCUAGUCAUUUAUUAAAAAACAAAAUUUUGGUUUUGGGAAAAAAAUUCAACCCACAAUUUCUAUUCUUUAAAAUCUUUUAAACAAAAAAUUUAUGAUUGGAUUUGCUGUGUGGUCACAUGAGAAGUAAUAUUGUUAUUGUUUUAUCACGUUCGCCCUUGUAUUGCAUUCGAAAUGGAAUACGAAUAGGCGGCUCUACGUUGGAAGGAACAUCUUUAGUUGGAAUGUUCAAAAUAAUACCUGAAAUUUCCUCAAGCGGAUAUUGUAAGUUUAAUUUUAUGUAUACAUUUUAAUGACAAUUUUGUAAUAUUUGAAAUUAUUAUGUGGUUGUAGUGAGGAAAUUUUAAUAUAAUCGUGUAACGAUAAUUAUCUAUGUUUUUUUUAGAAUUCACGUAUAAAACCUAUAUCUUAAAAAAAAAAAACAAAAAUCAAUCAAUCAUAUGGGCAGAGACGUAACCCCUUACAUUGAUGAUGUCCAUGAGUGACGGUGACUACUUACCAUGAAAUGAGCUGUAUGCCCAUCAGCUUAAAAAGGUAAUGAAAGAAACGAAUCUAAAAUAUUAUUUAUUACACCACAGGAUAUGUCCCGUUAAAAGUUAAAGAUAAUAACGACAUACCUAUACAUACAUUAUUAUUUUCAUUGUGAUUAUGUUAGGUGUUUAAAUUUACAUAAUGGUAUUUUUUAGUCAAGUAUAAUAGGCCCGGUAUACUUCUUAACUACUUAACUCUCCGACGGGUCGAUCGAGAUCCACGAUGAAGGAAUAACACCGUUUAAUAAAAAGAAACUCGCAAAUUUUCGCAAUUACUGUUGGUAGCGCUUAUUGUAAAUCUACAUGCUUAGCACCACUGUCCGACCAAUAUAAUAGGUUGGGGGAAAAAGUCUUUUCGCAUUAUAGUAUGUAUGAACUUGUAAUAAAGUCUCUUUGGCUAUACUAUAUGUAUCUGGCUGGUUUUGGUAUCAUUAAAAGUUUAAAUUUUAAAGAAGAUAAUUCCAAAUUCAAAUUAGGAAAUUUUCGUACUGUCAAGCUGAGUGAGUCUAAUGAAGAAAUUCGAUACAUUUUAAAAUUUUACUACAAAAAAGGUAAAAAUGCAACACAAGCCGCGAAAAAAAAUUGCGAUGUUUAUGGACCUAGUGUGUCCUAGUGCAGUGUCUGCGAGAGUAGCACAAAUUAGGUUUUAACGUUUUCAAUCCGGAAAUGUUGAUGUCAAAAUCAAACCCGCAAAAUUAUAAUUUGCGUAAUCACUGAUGGUAGGACCCUUUUUGAGUCUGCACGGGUAGGUAGGUACCACCACCCCGUCUAUUUCUGCCGUGAAGCAGUAAUGCGUUUCGGUUUGAAGGGUGGGGCAGCCGUUGUAACUAUACUGAGACCUUAGAACUUAUCUCAAGGUGGGUGGCGAAUUUACGUUGUAGAUGCCUAUGGGCUCCAGUAAGCACUUAACACCAGGUGGGCUGUGAGCUCGUCCACCCAUAUAAGUAAUAAAAAAAAAAAGUCAAAGAUGCACGUCGCCCGUUUGCGGAGGGAUAUAAAAUGGAUGCCAUUUUUGAAAAAGUGGAGCAAGAUCGGCAUAUCAGUAGUUACGACGUAGCUGAAGAACUGGUAACUGACCACAAAACAGUUUUAGUGCAUUUGAAAAAAAAACUGGGUACACAAAAAAGGUCGGUAUUUGGGAAGCCCCAAAAUUUCUAUAGCAAUGGGAUCAUGUCUCUACCUAUAAGAUGGCAAAAAGUUAUCGAACAAAAUGGUAUCUACAUACUUUAGUUAAACGUAAAUAAACCAUAUUUAAAAAAAUUUUAAUUUUUUUUUUAAAAUGCGAAGAAACUUUUUCCCCAACCUAUUAUGUCGCGAAGCAGUAAUGCGUUCCACUUUGAAAGGUGGGUAGCCGUUAUACUAAACAAUUGAGGCAAUGACUUGAUCUCUCUGGGCUCUGAAAAUCACAUAACUGGGUGUGUCUUUAUAAGAAAUGCAUGGCUCUUUUCAUUGGGUUAAAUUACUUUUCAGGCACACUAAAUGAGAUAAUUGUGUUCAACUUGCUCAAUAGUUUAGCUUUAUGUUAGUUUAGUAUAUAUCUAAAUAAUAAUAAAUACUUUCGCAGAAAAAUUUAUCUAUUAAUUUCAUAAAUCAUGAAAUGAUGACCUUUUAUGUCUAGAAAACUUUUGCAAUGAUCUUUUAUUUACAAAAGUAACGCAAAAUAUCUUUUUAAAUUUACUAAUUGUAGACAAAACACUUCAGUGAACAAUAAACGUAUGCAUGUAAAUUUUACUGCCAAGAUAACAACUACCUUUCAUUUUUAUUUUUGUGACUGCACACUGAAAUAUACUGUGUACUUUGCACACAAAAUUAAUUAAUUUAUCAACAUUCACCAAUAUGGUUUCCAUAAAGUGAAAUACAGUAAAACAUAGCUAUAUUAUUGAUAUAAUAAAAGAUGACCACGCUUUGCUGCUAUUGUGCCACUAAUGAUAUAACUUAAUUAAAAUACUCUCAUACUGAAUGAGUUAAAACGCUCACUAAAUCCUGGGUACACUUGAUUAUUUUUGUUAGUAAUUGGAUUAACUUUUCGGGUGAAUGCAGGUAAAACUUUCAAUUGAAAUUAAAAUAUUUCAAGUUUUAAGAACCCUUCGAAGCUUCGUAGUUUCGUUAUGCUGAGAAUCAUUCUAAAAGAAAAUUUUAUCGGCACUGUAGCCAAGGUCUUAUCGAGGUCUAUCGAUGUAUUUUUAAUAUUAAUGAUGAAAACGUAUUUAAAUAAGUUACGUAAUUUUAAUGUUCUAUACAAUAUAAUUUCGCUAUUCGAGGCUUUAACCAGAAACAAUUAGGUAGGUAUGAAUAGAAAAGUUUAUCGAACAUUCGACGUUCUUAAAAAGUAACUAAAAAAGAUUUCAUCAUAAAAGUGUUACUAUAAAUAAUACGUGUUUUUGUUUUAAACAAAAAAUAUAUAAUUGUAGGUUUUACAAAAACUGGAUUUUUUUACAUACCUAAUGUCAUAUUUAUAAACUUACAUACAAUAAAUUAAUGUAAUGUUACACUGAUUUCAGAUUGUUUAAAUUAAACAGUAAACAUAAUUAUAUUUCUAAAUGUACCUAUUUAUGUUAACUUAAUUAUUGCGCAUGUAGUUUUGAUAUAUGGUGAUUUUAAAGCUUAAUAAGUUAGUUAAUUAUAACUAUUCAAUCGUGCCUUAAUACAGACAAUUUUAUAUUUGUGCGAAGAAAAAAUACAGCUCUAGGCAAUAAUGGUAUAGUAAAAAGUUAAGUCUUUUUACUAUAACAUCAUUGGCUCUAGGUUAUAAGACUAAGUUAAACGUUGUUUAAAUAAAAUAUUAUUAAAAUAGAAGUAAAUGAAUUAAGGUAA